UUAAUCUCAUUUACAUUACUAAAUAUAGGGAGUAAAAAUUGUUUUGAAGAAGUCAUCUAGAUGAAGAUGAUUUUUCAGGUGUCCAGGGUAAAAACUGAAUGUCAUCCUCAGACAGUUUGUGUUUUUCAUUUUGUGCUGCUUUCUUGAUUACAGGUUUGCUCCCAGUGACUCUGGGCUAUGUAGACACUUUAAAAUUGGUGGCAGAAUCUGGUGAUGAUGUCACACUAUGGUGCCAGCAUAACCUGAUGGAACUAACUUACAUAUACUGGUUCAAGCACACAAAUCAUUCUGUGCCAGGUUGUGUUGCAUGCCAUUUGUAUAUUAAAUAUUCUGAAUUAAGACCCUGUUCUGAAUCAAGCACCUUUGUUAAUCAAAGUAAACGAAUCGUGAUGACUGUAAACUCCCAGAACAUCUCUCUGACAAUAACUGCAGUGAAUCACAUUGAUUCAGGACUAUAUUACUGUGGCAUUCAGCAGAACAUUGACAUUUCGUUCAGCAGCGCAACGUAUUUACAAGUGACAGCUCCCUACGUUUCAGAUGUCUUCUUCAUGCUGAUGGUGGUGUUUGCUGCUGUGAUUGUGGUUCUUAUCAGUGUUGUUCUAAUCAUGCUGAAGAAGAAAAAACAAAUCAGAGUGGCUGGCUCUAAAGUAAAACAAGACAAAGAGGAGCAGGAUCCUAAAUCAGUGAACUACGCUGCUCUACAGUUCUCUGAUCACAAAACCCAGAGUGUAGCAGGACAUGGUGAAGUGGUGGAUCCUCGGGUUGUAUAUUCUUCAGUACGACACCAGUAAAGUAUUGUACACAGAACAAAGUUGUACAUCAUGCCUUCACUGUUUAGAUUUACUUCAUGAUUCUAGGAGAUUAAAUCCAUAAGAGGUAACACAUUAAUUGACCUCACCUUCAACCUCAGUUUUAUAUUUAAUAGUAAUCAAACAUCAUGUAGUUAUACUUUGUACAUAUUAAAUAUACAUAGUUGCUCUUUUUUAUUUUUGUUUUUAUUUGUGUGUGCAAGUAUAAAAACAUACUUUCUUGUGUGUGUGUGUGUGUGUGUGUGUGUGUGUGUGUACUGUAUAUGCGUGUUAUGUUUA